UAAAUUACCUAAUAAUAAAAAUUUAACUUGCAACUUACUGUUGUUUUACAAGUAACAAUAUUAGUGCUUACGCUAGUGCUCUUUAAUACUUUAAUACGUUUAUUAUCACUAGAGCAGUGAAUACUGUUUACAUGAAAUAAUGUUACAAAUAUUUUUUUUUUUCAACACAUAAUUUUGGUUUUAUUCAAUUUUUAUUUUAAAACCGUUCAUAAGUGACUGAAAACGUUUAUACUGUCCAGAUAAAUUUGGCCCAUGUUAAUUAYACUAUUUUGUGUUGUCGAUUUUUGACCGAUUGAGAGUAAACAACUUCCAGUGACCAACUUGUUGAAAAUGCUUUCCACGAACUUGUAUAACAACAUCGACCCAGCCAGAAAGCGAGAGCAACAAAUUGACACGUUAAAAGUUUUUAAUGAAAAUGUUACAGAAAUUAGUUUCGAUAAAGAAUACACUGUUGAAUUUCCUACUAAAGCUGGGAAUUUGAGCCUGGUCAUUUAUUUGGGACCAAAAUUUCCUUUUGAGAAGCCCACUAUGAAAAUAUGCCCUCGAAUAACACACAAAUGGGUUGACACCACAGGUGAAAUUGUUCUAGCUCCUGGAUUGAUGAAUUACACAAUUCACUCUGAUUUAGGAAGAGUAGUACAGGUAAUAAGAAGGGAGUUUGAAUUAGACCAGUCACUUACAUUGGCAAAUGGUGAUAAUGAUGAUGGUUUUUCAGGGAAUAUUGCCAUUGGUUCUGUCAAAAAUGCAAUUACAUCUCUCAGUAAUGAUGUAGAAUUAUUUAGUCUUACAAAACUAACAUCAGCUGAAUUACUACGUUUAAAUAAUAAUGUAGAUUGCCUAGAUGAAUUUAUUUCAGAAUUACCAUCAAUAGAAGCAUCUAAUAAAAACAUUGAAAAUACUAUCACAAAAAUUAUGGACUUAGCAAAUUCAAAUAUGUCCAAGGAAGAACCAAUACAUAAUUUAAGAAUAGAAAUAUCAAAACAAUUAGAAACCAUAGAAAAUUAUCAAAAAUCRUAUGCUGGACUCUCAACUAAGUAUGUAAAGUUGUCAGAGAAAUAUUCCCCACAGUCAAUUUCGGAUAAUUUAAAAAAAGCAGCGUUGAAAUGUGACGAGGAAAGUGAAAGAUUAGCAGAACAGUUUUUAAAUGGCGAUAUAGACUGUGAUAAAUUUUUACAAGUAUAUGUAAAAUCAAGAACUGUGUCAUAUACAAGAAAGGCGAAAGAAGAAAGACUGAACUAUCAGUUAAAACAAUUGAAAGAGGCUGGGUUUUAAAUAUUUUUAUUUUUAUUAUUGAAAAAUGUUAUCUUUGUGUGCAUUUAGUGCAAUAUCAAAUUUGAUUAAUCCAAUUUUGUCAAUGCUUUAUCAUGUUGAUACUGUUAUAUAUUAUGUUGAAGCCUUUAAAAAGCUCAAUACUAAUGAAAUCAUUAUGUAAUUUGAUUUGUCUAUUAAAAGACUUGUCCAAUUGAUUUUUGUAUUAAUAUAUUAUUUUAAUCCUUA